CUAGAAGUUACCUAUUGCAUGUCAGAAACUGCUCCAGAGGCUUUGAAAACAGAAAGAAGAGCUUGCUGAGAGUACAGCCCAUGCUUACAGUUAAACUGAUUUCUUCAUGUUGUUUCUGGAUUAGAGCCAGAAUCAACUUUGCCUCUUUCUAAUCAAAUAAUGGAGAAGACAAUUUACAAAUGCUGACUUCAGUUAGCAGUUCCUGGGAGGCUGCGUCUGGACUGAGCCUAGCCGAGGGCUGAUUCACUUUGACUCGAGUUCUUUCCGUGGGAAGAAUGGGGGACAUUUGCGGCUUCGUCCUGGUCACCAUUGCUCUGAUAAUGGGCAGGGAAAGCUGGGCCCUUGAGGAUGCGCACUGUCUGCAGGAGCAGGAAAGGCUCCGAGCUCAGGUGCACCAGCUUGAGACCCGGGUCAAACAGCUGCAGGCCACGAUUGCACAGCUCGCGCAAGAGAAGGAAGUCCAGUUCCUGGAUAAGGGACAAGAGGACAGUUUCGUUGACCUUGGAGGCCAGCGGCAAUAUGCAGAUUGCUCAGAGAUUUACAAUGAUGGAUUUAAGCAGAGUGGAUUUUACAAAAUCAAACCUCUCCGGAGCCAGGCAAAAUUCUCUGUGUAUUGUGACAUGUCUGAUGGAGGAGGCUGGACUGUGAUUCAGAGACGAUCUGAUGGCAGCGAGGACUUUAGCAGGGGUUGGAAUGACUACGAAAGUGGCUUCGGGAACUUUGUCCAAAGAAAUGGUGAAUAUUGGCUGGGCAACAAAAACCUUAACUUACUGACCACACAAGGAGAUUACACUUUAAAAAUUGACCUAACAGAUUUCGAGAAAAAUAGUCGCUUUGCACAAUACAAACAUUUUAGAGUUGGAGAUAAAAAGUCCUUUUAUGAACUGAAUGUUGGAGAAUAUUCUGGAACAGCUGGAGACGCCCUUUCAGGGACCUUUCACCCCGAAGUGCAGUGGUGGGCUAGUCACCGAAGAAUGAAGUUCAGCACGUGGGACAGAGAUAAUGAUAACUAUGAAGGGAAUUGUGCUGAGGAGGAGCAGUCUGGCUGGUGGUUUAACAGGUGUCACUCUGCAAACCUGAAUGGGGUGUACUAUCAGGGCCCCUACACAGCAGAGACCGAUAAUGGAGUAGUCUGGUACACCUGGCAUGGAUGGUGGUAUUCCUUGAAAUCUGUGGUUAUGAAAAUUAGGCCAAAUGAUUUUAUUCCAAAUAUCAUUUAGUUGUUCCAAUUGGCCUCUUUCUGCAAUUCAUAUUGGUUUGAAAUAUUUGAGAAACACAAUCCUGAAUAAAUAUUUGCAUGGUGUUGGCAA